AUGUACCUGACUCGGAGAAAGAGACUUCAGCUGAGCCGGAUUAUAUUUCUCUUGUCUGGGGUUUUGCUUUGUUGUAUAUACCAACUUACCAUUAGGUCCAGGCUACCAGAACCCUGGCCAGAGCCUCAGGUUGGAGAACAACCAGAGGAUGGCCCAGAGGAUGGUUUGGAGAAGGCUACUGAAGGACUGCUGGAAGAACCUGGAACAACAGUUAAGCUGAGCACCACUGCUGUGGAGUUGGAGGUCACAACUCAUACAGAUGUGGUGCAUUCACAAGAGACAACUGCCACCACCUUGGCCCCUCCCAAAGCAGAGACAACUGAGACAACAGAGUUGACCACCAUAGCCACCACAAACAGGACAAUCAUCCACUGCAUCUAUGUAGAUCCAGACCUUCCAAAGCCCACUCCAGCUCCCACACCAGCACCCGAAACCACCACACCUACACCACCAACCACGGCUGCCAGCCAUCCAAAGCCGCCUCACAUGAAGGGUGAAUACCCUGAGGACAUCUUCUCCGUUGAGGAACGGCGGAAAGGCUGGGUGGUUCUGCACAUCUUUGGGAUGAUAUACAUGUUCGUUUCUUUGGCCAUUGUAUGUGACGAGUUUUUUGUCCCUACUCUUGGAGUCAUCACGGACAAACUGGAGAUUUCGGAUGACGUUGCUGGGGCAACGUUCAUGGCUGCUGGAGGCUCUGCCCCUGAACUCUUUACCUCGUUGAUCGGUGUCUUUAUCUCACACAGUAACGUGGGUAUCGGGACCAUUGUGGGCUCAGCUGUCUUUAAUAUCUUGUUUGUGAUAGGAAUGUGCGCCCUUUUCUCUCGGGAGAUGCUCCACCUCACCUGGUGGCCUCUCUUCCGGGAUGUGUCGUUCUACAUCUUAGACCUCAUCAUGCUCAUCAUCUUCUUCCUGGACAAUACCAUCAUGUGGUGGGAGAGCAUAAUGUUGGUGGGGGGCUAUGCCACUUACGUCUACUUCAUGAAAUACAACGUACAGAUCGAACGUGCAUUCAAGGCUCAGCUCCACAAGCACAAGAACAUCGUCAAAGUCAUUGCAGUGGAGGAGCCUGAGAAGGAAAAUGGGACAUCAACUGAUGACAAUGCCCCCCCUGAACCUGCUGAGGACAAGAAUCGAUUAAAGCUAAAGCCCACACUUCAGCGAGGGGGCAGUUCAGCCUCUUUGCAUAACAGCACCAUGAGAAACACCAUUUUCCAGCUGAUGAUUCAUACACUGGAUCCUCUGGGAGAGGACUCAGUGUUAAAUGGAGGUGCAAAGCCUAGCAGCUCUUUGGAAUGUAAAGUGAAGUUUAAAGACAAGGCUCAGAUUUUGAACAGCAUGGCCAGGGGGAAGGUAGAGGGCAAAGAGAAGGAAAAAGGCACAGGUGAAGAUGGUAAAGAGCAGCCGAAAGAUUCCAAAGAGCCAGCAGCGUCCAAGGAGGAGGGCAGCAAGGAGAAGGCAGAGGGACAGAAGGACGAGCCAGAGGCAGCAGCAGAAGGAGGGGACACAGAAGGGUCGGGAGGGUCUGAUGACAGCGAGGAUGAUGACAGUGAGGAAGACAGUGAUGAGGACAGUGAUGAUGAUGAAGAUGAUGAGGAGGAUGAAGCGGAUGAAGAUGGCGGUGGGGAGACAGAUGGUGAAGAGAAUGACGAGCCGCUGUCCUUAGAGUGGCCGGACACCAGACGCAAACAAGCCACCUAUCUGUUCCUGCUGCCUAUUGUUUUCCCUCUGUGGCUGACCGUACCGGAUGUCAGAAACCCCGCAUCCAAAAGGUUCUUUGUGAUUACCUUCCUGGGCUCCAUAGUGUGGAUUGCUAUAUUCUCCUAUCUAAUGGUGUGGUGGGCGCAUCAGGUGGGUGAGACCAUUGGCAUUUCAGAAGAGAUAAUGGGUCUCACCAUUCUGGCAGCUGGUACGUCCAUCCCUGAUCUAAUCACCAGUGUGAUCGUGGCUCGUAAAGGCCUGGGGGACAUGGCUGUGUCCAGCUCUGUGGGCAGCAACAUCUUUGACAUCACUGUAGGGCUGCCGGUGCCCUGGCUCAUGUAUGCGUUCUUCCACGGGCUGGCACCUGUGGCCGUCAGCAGCAACGGGCUCUUCUGUGCCAUUGUGUUGCUCUUCCUCAUGCUUCUGUUUGUCAUCAUCUCCAUCGCUGCCUGUAAGUGGAGGAUGAAUAAAAUGCUGGGCUUGACCAUGUUCAUGCUUUACUUUGUGUUCCUGGUGCUCAGUGUCAUGCUGGAGGACCGUAUCAUUGUGUGUCCAGUGUCUAUCUGACCAGCACCUUGACUAUCGGCGUCCACUCACGUAUGUGGCAGACACUCCUGGACACACC